AUGAGGCCACUGGGGCUGAGCCUGGGGCUGGCCCUGAUCUGCUUGCUGAGCACCAAGGCUGAGGACCCUGGAGCUACAGGGCUGGACAAGAACAAGGUUGCAGGGCAAUGGCACAUUGUUGCUCUGGCCUCCGACUCCGAGAGCUACCUCCAGAAGAAGGAUGAGCUGAAGAUGGCCAUGGCCAAAAUCGUGGUCCUGGGAGAGGGUGACCUGAAGAUCUCCUUUGCAAUUCCCACCCCGGAGGGAUGUAAGAAAUUUGAGUCACUCUACAAACAAACAGGCACCCCUGGACAGUACUACAGCACCGACAGAGGCAACAAAACGGUGCAGGUGGUGGACACGGAUGGCAAGACCUACGCGGUGGUCUUUGCCACCAGAGUGAAGGCUGGGAAGCCCCUGCACAUGCUGAGGCUUUACAGCAGAACUCGGGAGGUGAGCCCCAAAGUCACAGCACAGUUCAAGAAGCUGGCAAAGGAGAAGAGCUUCACCGAUGAGAUGAUCCGGAUGCUGCCCAGGCAGGAGGAAUGCAGCCUGGAUGAGGUGUAG